CUGACGAACCCCUGAGGCCCGCUUUUAGUUGGGGGCUCGCUGACUUUUUUGCGGGCUGGCCGCGGCAGCUGCAGCCCUCCCACAUGGGCGUCCCGUCCUGCCCUGGUGUGCGCCAGUCCUCCCGGGCCGUUCUGAGUGGUGCCACCUUCCUGCUUCCUCUCCCGCCCGGCAUCUCCUCUUUGUUCAUCGCCACCACCUUUGCUCCGCUGUUACUCCGCUCAUCUCAUUUCGAAUCGACCGUGUGCUAUCAACGACACAACAAUUGGCUGAACAACAGAACCGACGGGCUGUUCGACAAGCGACAAGUGACAAGCGACAAACGGCAAGUGAUAAGCAACUAUUUGGCAGGGUUUCGGCGACCGUGAGCGGAGCCAGCGAAUUUCCACCCCCGGGCCAAGGUUGCUCUCAACAGGCUUUGUCUUGCUCCGGCGUUUCAAAUCCGACAGCGUCGAAAGCCAGCACGGAAAGUCCGAACGCACGCUCGUAUCAUUGCCAGAAUGCCGACCUCCCUGGAGUCUUCGCGCCCGAUCAUGGCCCCUUCGACCCGCACCUCAGUCCGCUUUUCCACCUACAGCAUGACCGCGCCGUCCAUUACCCCGACGGUCCUCAGCACCGACAGCGUGACGGCCGAGAUCCGCCCCAUCGUCGACGGGCUCGAGCGCCUCAAGAACCCGCGCCUCUCGGACCAGCGCGUGUACCUCAACGAGGAGAAGACCACCAACCUCGCCAAGCUCGCCCUGAGCGCCAAGCUAGAGCGCGCCCUUGACCGCCGCAUGACGAGCCAGGACGCCGUCAUGCGCCCGCGGAAGCCGUCGGUCUUGGAGGUCACCUCGGAGAAGGAGAAGAUCUGAAGCGAAUAUCAUGGCGCUAGGCAGGAACAAUUCGACCGACGGAGGAUAGGAGUGGCGCUAGGCGUCGUGGCUUGGGGCGAGCGAAAUUCCGUUUUGGAAACACGCCGUCCUGCUCUCAACGAACAAUAUACCCCAUCUAGCGUUCUCUGCGCCACGAGUCGGACGACGGAUUGAAGUAUGGGCGGGAAGGGAGAGAAAGUGGGAGGGCUAGUUCAUUAGCUGCAUGGUCGGGUUUUCUGCCUCUGUUUUUUUGUGUUCGUAUCUGGGCAUCAUCAUAUUGGCAUCGUUCUUGUUUAUGGGAGAAAGUCAACCGGGCGUGGGAAUGGGCGUCCAUAGGAGGAUCUAACGAGGCGGCGGGACUACAGAAGAACCAGAUCGAGUGAAGAUGCAACGCCCAGCGGGGGCCGGAGUUUGCGAGGUUGCACGUCGGGUGGAGGCUGUCAUGAGUUGCGUCAAUCAUCUAACCACCGUUCAAACAUUCCCAUUUACGAAUACG